AUGCCAGGUAAAUCUUCUGAUGAUUCUGCUGGGAAAGGACACGGUAGAUCCUUGAAAGCUGGUAUCACCUUCCCCGUUGGACGUAUACAUCGAUAUCUAAAACGAGGUCGAUAUGCCGAUCGAGUUGGGGGAGGUGCUGCCAUUUAUAUGGCUUCAGUACUGGAAUAUCUAGUUGCGGAAGUCCUGGAGCUGGCGGGAAAUGCGGCUAAUGAUAACAAAAGAUCUCGAGUAUCACCUAGGCACAUCCAGCUCGCCGUUCGCAACGAUGAAGAACUUCAUCGUUUACUAGGAAAAGUAACUAUUGCUGAAGGUGGUGUACUUCCUCACGUCCACAAGGAGCUCAUGCAAAAGAAAGGUAAGAGCAAGAGCAAAAAGAAGGGAUCCCAAACAACCGCCACGACCACUACCGAUAACGGAGUAGAGGAAAGUGGUCCAGGUAAGUCUUCUUCACUCUCAUAUAAGUUAAAAUGA